CCCAGAAUCAAAGCCAUAACAGGAAGAGAUAGAAAUCAUACAAUGCCAGGGAGAACGGGUCGGAUGGGGAUCACUCUCGGACUUUUUCAAAACGUCCAACUAGAUGCCAAAACGCCAUUAUAUCCCUAUUCUGAUAUCCUGGAGCUGAGAGGGAGCUGGAAUGGACAAAGUAGUGGCACAGAACUCCUCAAUCUGGGAUGUCAAUGCACCGGAGGCUUCACACAGAUAGAUGGAGAAAGAUACAGAAAUAGAAAAACAUAAAGAGAUAGUGAAAUGGUGUCUAAGAGGGAAAACUACAUUUAGAAACAGAACCAGAGAGAGAGAAUUAAAAUAGAGGAGAGAGGUGGGGACGGGAAAGGGCUCUCAAUUGUGAGGGCAGGCAGGCAGAAGGUUACAACAGAGAAACUGAAGAACCACUGGAAGGUAUAAUUACACAAAACAACAGGCAACAGAAUAGCUGUGGCUGGCUGCAGCAGAACCACCACAGAGGUUAGUUUAGUUCUCUGGUGUUUAAUGGCAGUUAGUGGAGAGCAGACAGAAGUAGGAGAACCACAGCAAACUUUCAAUCUGACACAGGGGUCUGAGGCAUGGAGGCGUUUAAAAGAGGGCGAUCUGAUGCCCUAGACACCCACUCAGAUGUUAAGGAGAUGAUCCCUGUUCCUCUGGUAACCACAGUGACCCCUGACACUGAAUUGAAUUCUGAGCCCUCCCAAGCAGAGCUGGCCCAGUGUGAGGCAGAGGUGGGAACUCUACUGAGCAUCAUUGCUGAACUCAACAGGAAAAUGGGCACAUUACAAGCACCAAGUGAUCCAGAUGACCUUAAACCACAGGAGCCAGUCAUCUUUCCUCCAGUCUCCCUGUCAAGCCCUCUGCCAUCCCUCAGUAGUCAAGAAAAACACACUAGCUCCAACUUUAGAAAACCACAGACCAACAGAGGAAGCAGCGGCGAGGUGUGGUCAGAACUCGAGGGUGUCCUCUCUGCUCUGGAGGGGACCAUCAACACCAGGAGGACCUGGGCUGUCCCUGAGACUGCCUGUGACCAGGUCAGACAGACACAUCUGACAGCCGCUAGGGAGAGUUGGGUACAGGUCACAAAGAUUUUAGAUGAGAUGGAGAGAGAGUUUGGGAUCUCCUACCCAUCAGGUCUGCCUCCAGAGGAGCGUCAGCAGUACCAGAAGGACGUCUUGACCCUUCACCAGCGGAACUGUGACCUGCGCAGAAUCUUGCAUAGCAGACAGGAUGAACUGGAGGGGGCAAAGAUCACAGUGGGAGAGAUGGAGGAUGAGAGGAACAGGCUACAGGAGAGGUUAGUGGGUCUUCAUAAGGUGUGUCAGUCAGGCAGCCUCUCUCCACCCUACAGCCCCUCAGAGAGCACCAGUAGUGAGGCUCUGAGUCCUGGCUGGGCCUCUGCUGGUUCCUCGUCCUUUCCUGGGUCACCGCUGCUCCUCAGGAAACCCGCCCCCAUGGGGGUCACCCCAGUCCCCUCCACUGCAGGGGAGACCUCACCCUCAGCCUCCCCGUCACCCUUCCCCUGGCCUGGUGGUGCCGCAGCAGGGAGCCGCGGCAUGGAGGGGGAGGCAGAGAGACUGCAGAGAUGCAUAGAGAGGCUGAAAGCCCGGAACGAUGGUCUGACUGCAGCUCUGGACAGGAGGAAAGGAGAGUCAGAGCAGAUCAGUAUGACGCUCAGCAGACAUGAGGCAGAAAACACAGCCCUGCAGAUGGCCCUCCAAUACUGCGUGGAGUGUGAGGAGACCUACAGUGACUUACUGUCACUGUACGAAGCCAGGAAACAGCAGGUCAUACCACACUGGAGACACACAGCAGGUCCGGUCCUGGAGAGACAGCCACAUAACAGUCCCGUUCCGUCCCUGAGGAGCCUGAUGACCGAGGAACUGUCAACCUCCUUCUCAACACCGGGGGACGCUGUUGAGACAGAAGCGCUGACUCAGACCAGCAGGGGGUGUGAGGUACAGGGGCGUGAGGCGGACCUCCGGGGGCGUAUUCAGCGACUGAAGGAGGGCAGGGCUGCAGUGUGUGUCCCAAUCCCAAGGCCUGGGGGAGAGGGGAAGCUCAGCCCAGACACUGGCACUCUGGUUGGGCCUAGAUGGAGCCGUGGAAGACGUGGAGGUGGAGGACAGGACAACCCCCGGAGUACCAACAGUGAGAAGGCCGCUCUGCUGUACGAACUGGUCACUGUCAGGGAGGAGAUAUCGGAGCUGCGAAGGCUGAUCCGUCUGACAGAAAAAGAGCAACAGUGUCUUGACUGGAGUCUGAUGGCCCAGAAGGCUCAAGAUGCAGCUGGAACCUUGAUCUCUGAGAGCCUCAGUGAGGAACUAGAGGAAAAGAGGAGAGAACAAAAGAUUGCUGAAAAUAAGGAUAAUCGAAGUGUUAAGAGGGACAUCACUCAGCAUUUGAAUCAAACCAUUCUUCAAGAGCUACAGGCCGUCAUGCAACGGGAGGAGAUGCUGAAGAGGAGGGUGUCCACAGUGAGGGGCUCUCUAGACUCUGCUUUCUUAGACAGCACCACCCACAGGAAACGUAAUGAUGAGCAGAUAGCCAGGUUGGCACAUGCUCACAGCAAGGUCACAGGGAUGUACCGAAACGCUCGCCGAAAGUACCGGGAUCAGCUGUGGCGGCUGGAGAAUCAGGUGUCGGCCAUGUCGGAUCGUCAUGUGACCCAGAUUGGGGCCCUAAAGGCUACACUGGAGGCCCUAGACUGCAAGAGGGAAGAGACGGUACUCUGACUGGGCUCAGCUUCUGGAUAGUAGAGGUACAAGACUGUACUCUGACUGGGCUCAGCUUCUGGAUAGUAGAGGGUGUAGAGGGACUGAGCUCAUGUCAGCUUCAGGGUAGAAAUCUUCUAGCCUGGACCUGACAUUAUCAUAGCUAGGAUAAUGUUAAGAUUUAAGGUCUGGUAGUGAUCAGCCUCAUACUUUCUGAUCUAAUAAGCAGAAAUGAAUAUUUGUGCUUUAUAUGGUAGAGGCACCUUGCAGUUACAUGUGACAAGGUCAGGUUUGUGUUAUUAACAGUGAUAUUUCACCGGUGACUUUCAAACUAGAAUUACUAUACACUUGCAUAUUGGACUAAUAACAUGUGUAACAGUGCUAAUUACAUGUUUAUUAACCCUCAGCAUGUGGGUUUGUAAUUACACGUUGCUUCUUCCAUUUAUAUAACUGAUAGGGCUGCAAAUGUACAACAUUUAAUAACAUAGUAAUGCUUUUGUAACCACUCUAACUACAAUUAUUAAUGCAAUUAUGUUUGGUCUGCUAAAACGGAGGGACUAUGAAUAAAAAGGGAUGUAAUUCCUACAUUGUUCAUGUGUGUAUAUCCUCAGAUUAAAGCUGACAGUCUGCAUUUUAA